AUGGGCAGCAGUUCAUUACUGCCCAAGUACACCGGUCCAUUUCGUGUGUUGUGCCGCAUGGGCAACGCUUACACGAUCGAACUGCCUUGUAGGAUGCGUACGCAUCCUACGUUUUACAUUGGACGUCUCCGCCCGUACUAUCAGUACGAGCCCGUUUCGAGAUGCGAAGAACACCUCCGCGGUCGAGAGCCGAGACCACCUUCGAGUGGUCCUGUUACAACGAGCCAGUCUGGUCGACUAGCGAAGCGACCUGUUCACGCAGUUCAGCGAUGUCUCGACGAGCUACAGACAGCUCGUACGAAGAAAACGAGUCGAACGUUCGUUCUCAAAUCGCGCGAACGCAAACUCGGCACGAUCGUUCGAACGAUCGUGCGCUAA